AUGAAAAGUACUAAAAGAGAUAGAGGUCCUAAUUGGCAUACACAAGAGAAAGAAAUAUUUUUCCACUGUGUAGCUAGAGUGAAACAUGUUAUAGAAGAUUCAAAAAAAGAUUUUAAUUCAAACCUAAAAAAACACGAAGCUUGGGAAAAAGUAACCAAUGAGUUUAAUUUACAUGCUCAAGUCCAAAAGAGAGAGGUUAAGAAUUUAAAACAUAUUUGGGAAUCAGAAAAAGCCAAAUCUAAGAAAACAUUCACUUCUGAAAGAUAUAACAGAUUGAAAACUGGAGGAGGUUCAUAUGAAACAACAGCUGAUAAAAUUCAAAGUCCCGAGGUGGAGGAACUUAUUGGAAAACCUUAUAUUGUAGAGUGGAAAAAUAAUUAUAACAGUGAUGGUGUGGCAUUUGAAAAAUCAAAAACCAACAGUUCAAAUAUUAUAGACAGUUCAAUUAAUAUAGUUCAUUUGGGAAUUAUCAAUUCUGAGACACCAAUACAGAUUUCCGAUGAAUCAUUUACUGAAACAGAUUUUAGUGAGCCGAAACCAACUAUUAUAAUAGAUUUAACUAAUACUCCAGUUAAUGAAAGCUAUAUAAAACCAAAAAAAGAAACCAUAUUGAAAAAAUCUCAAGCAAAUCCACCAAAAAGAUGGUAUCCUGAAAGAAUGUGA